GCUCGACGCACCCGGUUUCCGCCGUCACCACUAACAAGGUGCCACACAAAGAUCUGUGUCCUGGCGCUUGUCUAAAGCGCAAGAUUGCCACUGUUAAGACCCCAAAAACGAACGCGGAAAGGACAGCGGAGGGAAGCAACUCCAACGACGAAUCGAACAUUUGUUUCGGUUAGAUCAGCCCAUUUGGCUCUUGAUUCGCUUGGAAGUGGCCGCAGAAUAUUCUCAAAUGCACACGGAUCGACGCCGAGGCCGCUGUAGCUUCUCUUGCCUUCUUUGUGGUCCCCGUCACCCUUCCGCCUGAAUGGCGUUUUCUUGAAAAGGAAGAAAUACAUGUUUUCGCUUCCCCAGACAACCCGGAUCUCCGCGUUUUAAUCUCUUGGACGUAUUCACGAAAAUGGGCAAAACCGCAAGUCGGACAAAGCGAUCUCUCGCGUCGCGUUCUCUUCACGAACCGACCUCGACGAAGGACAUGGACAACUAAGUGAAAACAAAGAGGAUAUGGUAAAAAAGUGUGCGACAAGGAGCGUUUCCCUGUGCUUGCUGCGUUCUGAAAACAGCGCCAUGACGGUUACUUCUGUGCACCACCCAUAACGUUUUCCGUCGGGCGGACAGACGGCCCUUCUCCUUUUUUCGUUCAGUUCUCCAUCGCUGUUACUUUUUGUCGUGCUUUUACAAGCUGUUCGUCGUCUUUUCCUCUCUCGUAAAUGUUGAGUAAUGCCGGAGAAAAUGACGAAUGCCAUCGAGGAUCGUGAGAACCCUCACCUCAAACUCCGUGUCGUUGCCUCAGUUCCCAUUUCGUAGUUGUGGUUUGUUUUGCUUGCUUUCGUUCGGACCUUCUCGACUCCUCUUUUCUUUCGCGUUAGGGCCCGUGUUUAUCUCCCAAUUCCUUCUUUGCUAUCUUUUUUUCUCGUCUUUCCCCUGUUCUUGUGGAGCGUUCUGGGUGCGAAGAAACCACAGCAGGUGCAGGGGCACAGGCCUACGCCCACCGCGUGCUCAGAACGGCUUUGGACAGACCCCUAAAAGUGGAGAAAAUGCAGCCAAACAGAGGAGUCGGCACAAUGCACCUACGCUUCACUAGUGUGGACUCCGUCCUUCCUUGGCAACGAGAGAAAGACGCAGUGGGGCAAAGAUCGCUGCACAGACAGUCCACGAAGUUAGGUUCCAUCGUUCAUUGGCUGCGCCUUUCCCCACACGACACGUCCUUUGACUGAUCCGCAGCGUUUCGCCUUCGUUGUCUUCCAUUCCUCCUUUCUUCUUGAUUCCCUCCGACCCUCCGAUCUUAUCCCAUCCUUCGCCCACCUUGAGGAAACAUUUUUCCACCAUCUCUGGAUUCUUGUUCGUGCGCUGGGAUUUCCGUUUCUGAACCCCUCGUUGGGCGCAAUGGAAUGUCUCGACCACGUAGGCAGGGACACAAGGAAGGCAGACACGCCGUCGGGUCUCUUAUCGCGGUCCUCUUCUUUUAGAGCGGAGUUGCCUGAUCUAACGGAGAGCAGCACACGAGUUCGAUCCGAGAAGGAAGAUGUAGGGGCUUUCAUCGAAGCCCAGCAGCCAGUGGAGCCCCCAGGCAUGGAAACGCGGUUCGAGGGCACCCUUUGUGACGAUGAAAAGCCGAAAGCGACACAACAUGUACGGGGCAAAGAGACAGUUCCCUCUCCUGCCCACAGCUCCGCGGUCGCCUCAGCUAUCCAAACCUCUGAAGACUCGGAACGACCUCAAAGAAGGAAACAGACUAACAGUCGGGACUUAGGGUCGCGAGAAACCUCUCCUCCCCUUCACGCACUAGAGGCAAAGUCAUCUGCUCUUCCCCAACUUUUCCAAGAAUCUUCGAACCUCUCUGUGUCGCUGUCGACGUCCCAGUCUGGUGUUGGUAGUGGCAGCAUGCGCUUGUCGUUUUCUUCCUCGCAGGUCACUGCUUCUUCCUCCCCGUCGCGUCUGUCGCAGGCUGCGUCCUUUCCGGUUUCUACCACGCAGCGGCCUGUACGUGAGCCCCGUCUGACUUGCUGUGAACGAGACGGAGUGGGAGAAAAAACAGUAGAGGGUCAUGAGGAGACACACCUCCGAGGCUUACAGGGCCGCCGUGUUGGGCACGACCGAGACAAAGACCUUCCUUUCCGCAUGCACUCGAGCUCGGAGAACAGCGACAACUUGAAAGAGGUCACAGACCUCGUCCUGCGUGAGGGACCGUUCACACCAGAGUUACCGUAUUUUCCACUGUUCGUUGGCGCCGAGAGCGAAAGCGGAACCCUGGCGUCUACCAUUGGGGCAAAACGAGGGUGGGAGAAGGGAGAAAACGAAGACGAGACAGCUGCUGGUGUCGCAGGCCCUUUUCCUACUCCGGCUGAGCAGUAUGGGGUACGGCACUCGUCUGGAGGCGACACAGUUGAGGCCGCGUUUGGGCGACGUUUCCGUCACAGAGAGAGAAGAGAAGUCAUCAAGAGCUGUACGUCUUCGUCGUCCCCUGGGGACUCUUCUUCCCACAGCUUCUUCUCUUCUUCGCCGGGCGGGUCUGCUUCUUCUCCAGAAGACGCGUUGGGUCUCCAUCCCGCCCUUGUCUCGCUGUCUCCGCCGGAGACUGGCUCUCUGCUCCUGUCUCCGCGCCAGAGGGUCUCCGCCUCACAAGGCCCGUAUCAGAGACACAGGGAUCGCCCGCAGUUUGAAGGCCACCACAGGAGGGGCGAGGCGGAGAUGAAGACUCCCGCGGAGCCGAACGCUUCUCCGUCUUCUCAGCUCCUCAGCAAAAUCGACGCAGCGUACCGAGCCGUGAAAACGUGGGUGGAAGACAGCUUCCUCGUCGACAUCAAUCGGUCGCUGCUGUAUCCGCCUUCGCCGCUCUUCUCUCGGGGUGAGAACGCCUCCGAGACAGCUUCGUAUCCCUCAACCUCGCUGAAGAGGGGCUGCCUGAGAGGCACAGGCUCUACUCUCAUGUCCCCCGUAGAGGCCAACACAGUGCUGACCCUGUCGCCGUCUGCUGGAGGCGCCCCACAGUUCGGAGACAGCCUCGACUCGGUGACAGAGAAAACCAGAAGCGAAGGGACAGUCUGGCGAGACGCAAAGGCGAGAGACAAAGAAGAACGGACAUCUCCCUCCUUCUUCCGUCUAGCCCGGUGGGGGCACACAGUGUCGCCUUCUGCCUUUGCGGAUAACUCCGCGAGUCUCUCGCCUUCGCCCCUGACGCUUGCGCGGAGACAGAAAGGCGCAGCCAUGCCGAACCUUCUGUCUCCAGUCUCGGUAGGAGGACGCCGAGAAGCCCCAGGGACUGGCUGUCUGCAGAGACGUAUGUGUCACGGUGUCUCAGGCUUCAAAGGUGCAACAGAAGCUUCGCUGCAGUCUAGUAGGAGAGUGAGAGAGGCGAAGAACGACCGUGACGCAAGCAAGUCACAGAGAGACAGAACACGGGGGCGGGCAGCAGACGAGGGGUCCACGACGAGACAAGGCGACGCAGAUACGAAACGCGGCCUUUCAGGACAAUCGGAGACACCUGUCGCCUUGCGCGGGACCCUUCCGCGAGCUCGAGGAGCGGAAGAAGACAAGCGACAGGGUCGAAGGGAGGCUAUCGCAGAUCGCCGUGCUCCCUCGACCCAUGGAGGUAUUCUCAGUGAAGGGCACCGAGUGACUGCAGAAGGCAACGAUAAUUGGGGAGCUAUUGGAGAGCCCUGGAGAGGAAAAGAGAGCGAUACGAUCUCCGAGAACAUGGACAAUGCUCGAGUCGCGGAGACCCACAGACAAACAGCAAGGAGGAGCGCCGAAGUGAAGCUCGUGGAGGCCGCUGAUGGGACAAAGUCACCGGAAAAUCAGCUCCUCAAAGAAGACAAAGUGUCUGGCCUGGGAGGGGCAGAGACCUUGCAAUCAGCGGGGCUGUUUCAAGAAGGCAGGAGAACACGGUCCCGAGAGAAUCAGGAGACCGAGCAAACGUCAAGUGCCGAAGACGGAUGGACUGAGGAGGAGAGACAAGUCGCAAGGCAGCUUCACCUUUCACCAUGUGGCUCGCGACGCCUCGGCUUUUCUACUCGCCGUCGAGGACGCCUGAGACAUGGAAGAUCGCAAGAAGAACAAGACGACAUGGAGGCCGGCAUCGCCUCGGCUUCAUCUAUUCUGACGCCUGCAGCUCCUGACACGCAGCCAGGAAUCUGUGUCUCCAAACAAGGCCGGCGCUUGGGCUCCACAGGCACCGGGUGGAGACCGAGGACAGGGCUGAAGAGCCCAGGAGUCCAGUUGGCGCGACGAGAACUGCAUUUCCGCCUUGGAGCGAGGCGCAGACCGACACGGUCCGCUCUAGCGUCUUUCAGACCCCUCACUGUGCGGAGACGGCGAGGACGCACUCGGUUACGUGGAGAGCGAAAGUACACUUCGUUCUCCUCAGCGUCGCCACCGGUUCUUCUCUCUCUCCAGUCCUCCACCCCGGUCAAAUCAGAUUUGCUCUCCUCUCCAGUCGUUCCUCUGACUCCAAGUUGCCCAUCGUCGUCUCCCGAGACCCCCCUCGGAGCACUUGUGUCCCGGUCUCUCCAUUUCCUUCCUUUCUAUGCCUCGGCACCAGCGAGGGGCUUCCAGCGACACUCGCGUCGCACUUGGUCUUCAUCGUGGUCCCGCGAGCCUCGAGCCGGUGUAUUCCGUACUCUGUUUUCUCUUUCUUCUCAGCUCACGCGUCGCUCCUCGCCCUCCGAAACAGCCUCGUCUUCUCCCUCCAAGCACCCUUCUCGUCCCUCGGUUCUCCUCUCUUCGCCCUCAGGCCUUGACCCCACACGGCCGGCCGAGCAAGGCCCUCCGUCUCGGGGUGGGAAAAGAAAGAGACUGUCUCUGGAUUCGGAGCCCCCAGGGUUCCCCCUCUAUCUGAAACGGAAACCAGCGUUGGAAUUUUCAGAUCCCUCAGUGGAGUCCGCGUACGGAUUCUACCUUGCCAAGAUGAGGCGCAUGAGACUUGUGGCCAUCGGCAUCGUCCUCAUUCUUCUCAACAUCAUGUAUGACAUCCCUGAGUAUAUCUCGUCCUUUAGUCGGGAGGAAGCGGGGGGCUGGAGUCGAGGCGAUCCGCCAGUCAGCGGCGACGAAGCGUCCACUCAAGACUGGCCUCCUGUCGACUCUGUGUUCAUCUUUCCAGGAGAGACACAACACUCUCAACAAGAAGGAGACACCGGCAGACACGCGUUGGAGGGAGGAACGAAGAGGUUGCUUUCAUUCGCGCCCAUGCGGUUGAGCACUGCCGUCACAGGGCCCCCCAGAGACGGCGGAGAAAGGACCACCAAGGAGGUCAAAGGCGAUGAAGGACGUUUCCAGAAAGAGGCGCAAGCCGGCUUCCUGGAAAGGGCGCACAAGCCUGGCGGACGAUGGGAAGAGACAGAGAAAGGAAGGAAGGAAGACAGACUCCGGGACCGCAACCAGCCGAGGGGAGACACGGACAGCGACCUGGAGUGGUACGACAGAAGGAGCGUCGGCGAGACUCUCCAAAGCACUGGGAGACGUCUGGCAGAAGAGGAGAGCAUCGUGAGCACAAAUGGAAAGAAGGCGAUUCCCCCCGACGGCAAAGAACGCAUGCCAGGCACCUUGUGGGGAGUUGGUACGAGGGCGAAGAAUCCACCCUCUCAUCGAUCACCUCGAACAGAGAGGCGAUCGCUGAUUAGCAGAGUGAAUAAGGGAAGUGACCAGAAAGAGAAAGGAAGGAAAGGAGCAGAGACGACAGCGGGGGCUCCAAAGACUCGCGCAGACGCUCCGUUCCCCAUUCAUCUAAAAAGGCUGAGGACGACUCGCCGACUUUCAGCUGUGUCGGCCUCCGACCCAGAGGACAGCCUCGUUUUAUUGCCACACGACGGCGUCAGAGGCGAAAACGAAGCAUCGAAGAGCGGUUUCUUGUCAUCUCCAGUUCCCUCUUGGAUGGCUGCCGUCUGGGUUUCCUUCGACGUCGUCGAACUCGUGCUUCAGCUCGGCCUCACGUUCUCCGGCCAUAUGCCGUUUCUCCGAGCCCACACAGAGAAGUGCAUUUCUCUCGCCCUCACAUCGACUACAUUCCUCUCAUCGCUAAAGCCGAUCCUCAUUCUGGGGCACUCCUCCUAUCUCUCGAGACAUUCCCCGAACUCUGCGGAAGAGACACACGCAGAAGGCGGGGGCAGACGAGAAGCUCCUCAGACUCAGGCCGGCGGCUCGGGGCGCGGCGAGGUCCCCCCGCUGCCCCUGCAGACGUGCCUGACCGCGGUGUUUCUCCGUACGAUUGUGGGUUGCGUCUUUGUGGACCUUUUGUGCCUUGUUCGUCGCCACCAACUUCUGCAUCUGCACAGACUGCUGUUCGUUCUUUCACUUUCGCUCCUUCUUCUCUUCACGGUUCUGGGCGUCUGCGUCUUGGACCUCCCUGCCUCGCUCUUCUUCUUCGCGUGGUGUCUGGGGAUCGCUAGCUGGCUGGUGAUGGCUAGCUGCGCCCUCGGAGGUUUGCUCAGUGAAUUGAUGCACCGGAAAACGUUCUACAGCGUCUUUGCCGUCGGCCGGGAGCCAGAUGUGUGCAUGCAAGAGCUCGUAGACGACGAAAAGAAGCGAAAAGCCAUGCCUCUGUUCAGUGGAAAAAACAUGCUGGAGCAGCUCACAGAACUGGUCAAGACGAUGGAGGCGACGCUCGCCGAGGUAGAUAUCUACCGGCUCGAUCACCACACCUACUCGUCUUUCGCCCUCAUCCGGUCGCUGCAGACAAAAUGCUUAGAUGUCUUGACUUCUGGAGGAGACGUCUACGCCGUCACAUGGGACUCCCAGACCGUCCCCAGAGAAAUUCAUCUCCACUGUUCACAGACGGACGCCUACGCGCAUGCAGUUGGAAGUGCCGCGCCCGCUCCUGGACCGGAGGCGAGUUGCCUCCCAGGCGACUUCCACGCUUGUGCAGUCCUGCAGGAAGACCCGCGAGAAGACGAAGGAGACGCAGACGGAAGAGAAGAGAAAAAAGCCUCCAAAGAAGAAGAAGGUCAAACCGACUCUGACUGGACGAGGCUGGACGCGAGCGCAUGCAAUCCGAAGACGGCCUUCAAAAUGGAGAAGGAGGCUGAGGGGGAGGAAGAGACAGGUGCAGGAGAAGAGACACAAAGAGAGAGAGAGGAUGAGGCACCGAGAGACAAGGCACAGUCAAGGGGAAGAACGGAACGUGGAGAGACGAGAAGAGAGAUGAGAGAGACGUCAUUCGAUAGACGAAGAGUCAGGCAACAUGACGGUUUUUUGAAGGCGCACAGAAGACCGGAAACGACGCCCUUUUCGUCUUUCGAUACGGCGAGCGACAGCUGGGAAUGUGCACACGACCUUUCGUUUCUCUCUCCCUCUCGCCUUGUGGUAGAUCUUGUGCUGUCCCCAGGUUUCAUGCCUGCAGCUCCUCAUUCUCAUGCGGCACCUUCAGGGCAGGACAGCGAGUCUCAACAGGAAUCUCAAGAGGGGAGACGGAACUCUGUUCACUGUUCGUUUGAAAGGAAAGCAGCGACACGCACAAGCGCACAAGAGAACAAACGAACGAAUGGGUCAACGAAGAGAACGAAAGACGUCUUUGCGUCGGUCUCGCGAUCGCAUUCUUCAGUUGGUGGCGCCCCUGGUGUGACAUCUCCGGACAUUUUUGAACGGCAUCCCUUUCGCGUUGCAACAAGCUCACCGGGAUUGAGGUCCGUUGCCGGGGUCGCUUCGGCGGCAAAGAGAGACCGGACGAAAGGAGAAGGAGACUCGGGAGACGAAGGGGAGAACGAGGCGUCAGUCCAUGUGGGCGGGACCGCUGAAGACGAACCACUUGGCUGUCGGCGUGGAACUGUGGAGAGUCGCGCAAUUUCCUCAAGCCCCAAAGAGAGCGGAAAGGAAGACGAAAGGAGCGGCGAAGGAAACGAAGAAGGCGAGACAGCUGGCGCACCUGCUUGUCGUUCGUCGCCCCCUUCAAGACGCAGAGAAAUUCCCCUUUCGUUCGCAACGAGACAGAGUCACAGAGUGUCUACGAAAGUCCGUGGAGCAAGUGCAAGCGGGGAUGCAGAUGGGCUGAAGAAAGUCGCAAAAGCAGCGGGGAGACAAGCAUGCUCAGGGCGACCUCGAGGAGAGCCAGUGGAAGCAGAGAAACAGGAAAGGAAGGCCGACGGCGCCGUUCCGGCAAAGGCAGAAGUGAUGGACGGGGAGCUCCGGAAACGCUCUGGCUCUCCACAGAGAAAGAGUCUGAGGUUUCGCUUUGUGCCUGACGACUCAGACAAACCGAGUGAAGGCGAGGCUGCCUGGAGGAGCACACAGAGACGACACAGCCUUGAAGCAAAAAACACAAUUGGGAACGUCUCGUGUGGCGCAUGCAGUUCUUCUGACGAGGCAUGUCGAGUGCUGCCUUUUGUGGGCAGACACGCAAAGGGAGAAGAAGAGACAGAAGAGGAAGUGAAGCGGUCUGACAGUCCGUCUCGGCAGAAGAUGACUUCGUCGCCAGAGUUGGAAGAAAGGAGGCAGGAGGGACAGACGGAUGCUGAGGGAGCAGGAGAGAGAGACGAGAACUCGAAGGAAGAGAAGAACCGAAUGUGGCGGCGCACAGACGCCGUCGACACCCGGGGUGAACUGUCCUUCGACGCCUCGCUCCGGCGAUCGAAGCAAGGUGCAAGCCUUGCCCGUGUUGGGCUCACGUGGACGCUCGAUCUCUUUUCGCUCGAUGCGCUCAGUAAUGGAAAUGUUCUCGUCGCAGUCGGGCUCCAUCUCCUCCUCCCACACCGACAACGCGGGCACCUGCGUUGCUCGCAAGGCGACCUCCGAUCCUUUCUGCAGAAUUUGCAGAGUCUGUAUUUGCCGAAUCUUUACCACAACCGCGUGCAUGCAGCGAUGGUCGCCCACCUGUCCGUUUUUCUCUCUCGCACAGCAGGCAUGAGUCCCUGGCCUGCGCGCUCAUGUUCGUCCUGUCGCUCAAGGCAGGCGUCGCUGCGCCUUUCACCUGAGUGCUCGUGGGGGCGAGGCGACGUGGAGACACAGGAGACACUCGACGCUUCCCCCGGGCUGUCCGAAUUCCCUUCGACGCAGCUUCACUCGUUCGCUUCCAAUCCGCGAACCACGCUCGAAUCUCCCCAGGAUCCGGCGGUUUGCAGAGCGGCGGGUGCGGCACAGGAGGCUCGUCUUCAGAGUCCUUUCAGAGGGUCCGCCUCUCAGUGCGCAUCUGCAACUUCUCCGGUUCGUCAAAAAGAGAGAACGGACAAAGAUGCGUCGGCACUGCAUGAGUGGUGCCUCGCUUCCCAGGAGUCAGUGGACACCCGCGACGUCUCUCUGUCUCCUGGCGAUCGGUCAGAGAUCACAAAGAGACAUAUAUGGUGCUCGUCGCGCUCCUCAGAUGCCUUGCCUCCUCGCCAAAACGCGGCGGCGCGAAGAAGCGCUUCUCAGCUUCUUUCCCGGCGCCGAUCCUUUCGGUUUUCUCCACACCACAGCCCGCAGGCCCCCGCCUGUCCUCCUCGAGGCGGGGGUCCGAGUGACUGGGACGCGAGGCAGGGGGAGAUUUGUGGCGGUGAAGAGGAAAACCUCCACGCGUUGGAGCACGUGCACUCGAGCCAUGGAGGUCCGCGCGCGCGAGCCUCUACAGCGUGCGAAGGCGGAAUGCGCGACGGCCUCGCAGAGAGCGAGAGGAGGUUCCAGGAAGCCGCGCUUCUCUCAAACCUGUCAAGCCGAGAGGCGAGGAGAGAGGAUGACACUACGGGGCUGUGUGGCGCAGCGAGACACGGAAAAGAAGACGACGCCAGCGAGAAGCGACUCCUGCAAGGAUCGCAGAAAGAUGCGCAGGAGAUGACGAAAGACAGAGGCCCAGACAGCCAUCAUGGCACCGAACGCGCUCCACCGAGAAUGAUUGAUGACGAAACGAUUCUCUGCUUCGCCGCUCUCGGCCACGAUGUGGGACAUCCAGGAUUCAACAACGCGUUUCUCGUCGCAACGAACCAACCGAUUGCUCUUGUCUACAACGACCAUGCUGUCCUUGAAAACUACCACGCCUACAUCACCUUCAGAACGUUGACUUGCUACACUUCUACCACUGACACAAAUGGGCAAGGCUGCGAAGGAAGCGUCCUGAAAGGAAUAACGCCGGCAGAGUAUCGGUAUUUUCGGAAGCAUCUGAUUGAACUGAUUCUCGCGACGGACAUGAGCCAGCACUUUAGCACAAUUUCGACUGUGAGAGUUCGACGCGAAAGUCGCACCUUCAAUUUCAUCACCAACGAAGAAGACCGGUGGAUGAUGAAAAAACUGUGCAUGAAAAUCGGAGACAUCGGCCACGCAGCGCUCGACUGGGAUCAGCACUACAAAUGGUCGAUGCGGGUCACCGAGGAGUUUCUUCUCCAGGGAGAUGCAGAGUUGAAAGCGGGUCUUCCCGUAUCGCCUUUGUGCGACAGAAACGCGCCAGAGAUUGAGUUGCACAAGUCACAAAGCAGCUUCAUAAAUUAUUUGGUUGUUCCGCUCAUCAACGAGCUGGUCGGGUGUCUCGAGGCGCAUCCCCGCCAGAGUGUCGCACCGCCUUCCCUACUCGGGUCCGAGACCACGGAAAAAAGCACAGUGCAUAGUUCCUUGUUGAGCACAACGCAGACGGGAGACAGCCGCCCACACAGUCGGACGAGCGCCUUGAGUAAAGCGUUUAGUUCUUCCGACGUCACGAGUUACCGGCUGCUCCACCGGUACGGGAGAAGCACGAUGGCUGCACAUAGCCCGUAUUUGGGGAGGCCAGGGACAUUUUCUGCUCCAGACGAAUGCUGGAACGAAGAACGGGUACCGUCGGGAAUAUCCCCUGCAGACACAAUUCGAGAAAUCGUUCUUUUUCAAGCGCUGCGAAAUGCCGAGCGCUGGUCAGCGAGAGCCCAUGUGUUGGAGACGAAGACAGGAAAGACUCCGGCUGUCUCUGUUUCAGGUUUCGGAAGCGCAGACGCGAGUGAGGGGCAGCGAGCGAUAGGAUCGAAAAGAGCCACACCGGGAAAAGAAGACUCGACGAAGUCAUCAAAGGACUCUCCCCGCUCUGCCUUCGCUUCGUCCCCUCCACACGCCCACGGUCCGGGGGCCUCCACGCCUCCGGGGCCUCAGAGUGUGUGUGGGGCCUCGUUCUGGACGCAACGCCGGCUGCUGGUCCGGCAUAAAACCUACUCUCCAGCGCGUUUUGGCAUUUCCGCAGAGGACGAAAGAGACGAAGGAGAAGACCGGCUGAGUAGAGACGAGGGAGAAACCGGGGCGCUUGCCGGUUCCCCCGGAUUCCCUCUGGGGAAGCGGGACCGAAUGAGGGAGAGAAAGCUGAAGCCCCCUCGCAGACGGAGUUGGAUGACGGUGACGGAAAACCGGAAGAGGCGGGAACAAGAGGAGCAGCGAAGAGACGACCGAUCGCGAGUAAAGGAGAACGUUUUACGGGGGAUUCUGAAGAGAGAAAAAGAAGAAAAGAAAUCCAACGAGGGCACACGAGACGGGGUUCGCUCUAGCACCUGCAGGCAUGCAAACCCGGAACAGAGAACCAACAGAGAGGACCGGAAAGGGAAGACUUCUGGCAACCACGAGAUGGACGAAAACGCAGACAGAAGCCGAAUGAGCGGUACUCGCAAGCCGGGAAACGAAACAUGGGGAAGGGAAAAAGAUCUGGAAGACCACCAACCACACACAUGCGAGAUGCUGCCACAGGAAAAGGAAAUCACAGACAUCGCAGAAGAAACUGAGAGAGGUCGAGCGGUGGAAAGCGCCGGGACUCUUUCACAGAAGGAAGCAAGAGAAACGAAAAAGCGAGAAGCCAGUAAAGAGAAAGGCAAAGGCGCGAGGCGACAUGCUGGAGAGAGCAUGCAGAUGUCACAGAUGAGCCUAGAGACGGAACUGUUGCACGUCGAAAAAAGGGUGUGCGAAACAGUGUAACGCAGAACGAAGCAGAUUGACAAAGGGCGAUUGUGAAGGAUAAGAAACAAGGAGGACUGAGGGAAUUGAGAUUGGAAACGAAGUUGGCCCGACACAGGAGGCUCACAAAGCACAAAACGAGAGGACUGCGACACCAAAAACGGUCACACUGUCUGUACGCGUUAUGCGUCAAAGCUGCACCGUUUUGAGGCCCGGAAAAGGGGAAAGAUGCAAGCGAUCCAUUGUGGGCCAAAGAGCCACACGUAACAUCCCGAGUGCUUCCGAAGACUUCCACUCUGAAGCAGUCAGGACUACACAAUACAUUUUGAAAUUGCUUUUCCCAGUGACACUCCAGCAAACACUCAGACUCCCGCGGGUCCACAUCUUUCUACCGUUAUGGCUUGAGUUCUCCGUUCUUGGUAAAAAAGCACCGCGAGAGAUGCGACCCUGAAGCCUACGACGAAGGGUGGACACAGAGGGAGUGUUGAGACCAGUCUGUUUCUGUCUACAGAAGGACGCGACGGGCGCUGGUGCGUGGUGAGUCACCUGUUUUCUCUCGGCGCGACGUUUGUCUGAAACAAGAGAGGGAACCAUCCUUCUUAUUCAUUUACCUCGCCUUUUCUCUUGAGACCAAACUGCAGCUCGUGCCUCGAUGGCGGAUGUCGCUGCUUUCUCGGGUGCAGCUUCGCCCCUCUCGGAACAGCAGCAGCUAUCGCUGUGCAGUUUGGCUUGGCCACAAACUCGAUGCCCCCAAACACUAAAUUUGUUUCGUGA